AAAGAAACAAAGAUAAAAGGAUCAAAAUCCAAGUAAAGAGAAGCUGGUGGUAUAAUGUUUCUUUGGAACAAAGAGACUGGGGAUUAUGAGUUGGGGGGACUCAGGUCUAAAGGGUGUCUUCCUGUGGUUGGGUCAAGAAGUGUUAUUAUGUGGCACAGUGGUGACCAUGAAUGUUUGCACCGAGUCAAGAAGGGCAAGUUCUAGUCAGCUUCCUUCAAUGAUUGCUGAGAAGCGAGGAUUCUCUGGUUGGUAGUCUUUUCACCUCUGGUCACAGCUGGGUACUUGUGUCCCUGUUCAACUCCUAGGGCUUGGAAUCUUUGGCCUAACGUAUCAUCACUCAUCUAUCCAUCCUUUUGAUCUCCUAGAUUGUGAAAUCCAAGGAAAGUUUGAUGGGCAGUGGAGCAAUCUUGGUUUUCUGAGUUGUCUUUGAAUGGGUGUCUGACUUUUCUAAGAUUCUCUUCUGAAAAGGUAAAAAUCUUCACUUCGUUUGCUUUACUGAUGUGUGGAGUAGGUGAUUCUGCUAUUUGAUAGAUUCAUUGGCUCCAUUUUUUUUUCUGUGAGCAGAUUUAUCUUUGCCAAAUGUGUGCUACUGAUCAGUGACUGUGUUGAGAUUACAGCAGGCAGCUGUUCUUUCUCAAUUUUUGAUUGAUAUAGUUUGUGCUGAACUCAGUUAGGAGUGAGGAUAAUAUGGGCUGCAACUCUGGAUAUUCUUCUGAUUGACUCCCAGCAAUCCUUCAACCGCUGUCUAAUGCUCAUCAAUUUCCAUGGAUGACUCAUUCAGCAAUUUCACUGAGAGAUCAACUGCAAAGUUUUCUUGCUACAUGAUGAAUCCUUUCGAUGCAACUACAUCAAGAGAUAACUCUGGAGCUCAGAUGCAGAAGAAGAACAAAAUCGACAUGAUGGAAGCUGUCAGAAUUUCCUCAUUAUCUACUGAUUAUGUAUCCAAGAAUGGCAGUCUGAUGAAGGAACAAAAGGACAUGCAUCAUCACCAAGAAGAUCCAUCUAAUCUGGCCACUGCAGCUGGGAAUUCUUCUUCCUCCACGACAAGGAGAAGAGCAAAUGAGAUACCUAUGGAGAUGGAAGAGGAUCAUGAACCGAAAUCCGAGCGAAAGAGUUUGACGGUGGCUACUGUUAAUCCUAAACGGAAGCAGGUAAAAGACAUCACUGAAUCAGAUCUAGUUCACGUCCGGGCUAGGCAUGGCCAGGCAACGAGCAACCACAGUCUUGCAGAAAGAGUAAGAAGGGAAAAGAUCAAUGAGAGGAUGAAGCUUCUUCAAGGCCUUGUUCCUGGUUGCAGCAAGGUCACAGGAAAGGCAGUAAUGCUGGAUGAGAUCAUCAACUACGUUCAAUCACUACAACAGCAGGUUGAGUUCCUGUCAAUGAAGCUUGCAGCUAUCAAUCCAAGGCUGGACAUUGACAGAGAGGGAGUUCUUCCUAAAUAUCUACUUCAGUCUUGCAAUAGCCCCUCAGCUGCUGCUGGUUUCUCAUCAGACAUAAUUCAUCCGCAACUACAUCUGCCACACCAGGGUUUGAUCCAAUCUGGGUUAUCUGGGACCAGAAACCCUCCAGAUUUACUUGGAAGAUCAAUAGAUACUCAAAUGACUGCAGAAGAUGGAUAUAACAUGCAGGUGUCUAAUGCAUGGGAUGAAGAGCUCCACAAUGUUGUGCAAAUGAGAUGUAGCAGCAGUACCAAUCUCUAUACUCAUAGAAUUCAACAGUAAACCUCAAGAAGUGCAUGCAGCAUGAAACCAUUAUCCUGCAGUCCUUGUUGCUGGUUUGACUGAAAGUUCAUGUUGCUUCAAAGGUGUUGCAUAUUUCAUACAAAAGGCUUCAUCACUGCCUUUGAGCAUCUUGCGCUUGGUUGGGGUGGUGGAGCAAGCCAAGUGAAUUGAGAGGAAAUGCUACCAUAGAAGAACACCAAAAUAGUUAUAAUGUAAGAGGAAAUUAACAUUACUAAUCAAAUCCAUGGUUAGUAUUCAACCAUAUCAGGAGAGAAAAUAGAGCUACUAAAAUCACUCGGACCAUUAAUUAUGAAUCAAUUUUCGACGCGCUCACUCGAUUCAUAAUUACAUAUACCAAACUACUUAUUCAUAUGACCUAUAAUACUCUGGAAUUAUGACUUACUAAAAAGAUCUGCUGAUAGUCUCUGUAUCUUUAGUUCUUUCA